AUGAGUCAAUUAGCAACAACAAAUUCAGCUAAGUAUAUUUCUUCUAUAAAUUUAUAUUCAACGAUAUGGCAAUGGCAAAUAACAAAACAUUAUGUUUUACAUGUAACAAAGAAAAAAAUAACAUAUCUUUGUGAUGGAUGUUCAAAAAAGUUUUGUUUAAUUCAUUUAACAGAACAUCAAGAAAACUUAAAUAAAGAAUUAAAAUGUCUUAUUAAUGAUUGUGAUGAAUUUAAAGACAAAUUGAAUAAACUAAAACAAAAUCGACAAUAUCCACAAAAUCAGACAUUAAUAAAACAAAUCAAUGAAUGGGAAAAAAAUUCAAUUGAAAAAAUUAAAGAGAAAGCAGAAGAUUGUAGAAAAAUUGUUAUUGAAUCUUCAGAAACAUUUUUAAUUAAUAUUGAAAUGAUAUUUAUUGAUUUAACUGAACAAAUAAAACAAAUUCAAAAAGAAAAUGAAUAUAAUGAAAUUAAUUUAAAUUAUUUGAAGGAUCAAUUAAUACAAAUUAAACAAAAAUUAAAUAGUUCAUCAAAUAUUUCUGUCCAAGAAGAUUCACAAUCAUUUAUUAAUGAUAUUUCAAUUAUUUCAUCAGAAAAACCAAAAUUGAAUAAAUGGAGACAAAAUGCCAUCACUGUGGCUGGUGGAACUGGGCUAGGGCAAAAACUAGAUCAGCUUAAUUUGCCUGCUGGAAUCUCUAUUGAUAAAAACAAAAAUAUUUUCAUCGCUAAUUUUUAUAAUCAUCGCAUUGUCGAAUGGAAAUACAAUGCAAAGGAAAGACAAACGAUUGCAGGUGGAAAUGGCAAAGGAAAUCGAAUGGAUCAGUUAGAUCGACCAACAGAUGUAAUUGUUGAUCAACAAACUCAUUUGAUUAUCAUUGCUGAUCGUGAUAACAGACGAGUGAUUCGAUGGAUAAAUCAAAAUCAACAAGUUCUCAUUGGCAAUAUUGACUGUUGUAUUUUUUCAAUAGAUAAACAUGGAUUUCUUUACCUUUCUAAUGCGUGGACGAAUGAAGUGAGACGAUGGAAAAUGGGUGAAUAUAACAACGAAGGAAUUAUAGUGGCAGGUGGAAACGGUGAAGGAGAUCAACUCAAUCAAUUCCACUAUCCUACUUUUAUGUUUGUUGAUGAAGAUCAAUCAAUUUAUGUAACAGAUCAAAGAAAUCAUCGUGUGAUGAAAUGGAGAAAAGAUGCAAAAGAAGGAAGAAUUGUGGCUGGAGGAAAUGGUAAAGGAAGAAAUCUUAAUCAAUUGUCUUGUCCUGCAGGAGUGAUUGUUGAUGAUUUAGGUCAAAUCUAUGUGACAGAUUCUCAUAAUCAUCGAGUAAUGCGUUGGUGUGAAGGGGAAAAAAAAGGUGAAACUAUUGUUGGUGGACAUGGUAAAGGAAGUCAAUCAAAUCAAUUGUAUUAUCCCUAUAGUUUGUCUUUCGAUAAUGAAGGAAAUCUUUAUGUUGUUGAUUUUUCGGAACAUCGAAUUAAAAAGUUUGAAAUAAUAUUGUAA